AUGGACGCGCUGACGGGCCUUGUGGCUCAUAUAGUUGAGCUCAAGAAGAAGCAGGCGGACCCAGUGGCCAUCCAAGACGCCUGCCGCGCUGGCACUGUCGCGCUGCUGCGCGCGCGCCAGGAGCAUCGUGCAGCCGCCCUCUCCGGCGAGGCGGCGCGCGAGCGCGCCGCGGCCGCCAAGGCCGGCCUCGACGCCGCGGUGCUGCGCCUCAACAGCCUCCUGUAUGAGAAGCAGUUCUACGUCCGCGAGAUCGCCGCAUGCACCAGCUACCGCAGCGCAUACCCGGAUGAGGAGAUCCAGCUGCCGCCGCUAGAGGCAGAGGCCCUCGCCGGCGCAGGCGCGGUUGCGGGCAGAGCGCAGCUAGCCCCGCACGCGCUGAUGCUGUCGCGCCUCACGGCGGAGCUCAACGCGCGCAAGGCGCUCGGCGACGCGCUGAAGAGCGCGCGCGCGGAGCGGCAGCGCGAGGCGGGCCGCGCGGCGGCGGACAAGGCGCGGCUCUCGGCGCUCAAGGCGCCGCUGCGCGGGCUGGAGCAGGCGGGGGGCCCCCUGCUGGACGUGCUGGGGCCGCGGCUGCAGCUGCGCGCGCCGGAACGAGCGGCGACGCUGCUGCCGGCGCCGUUGUGGGCCAUCAAUUAUCAGUUUGCAGCGGCGCGCGACGCGCUGGGACUGCCCAUUGGUGUUCGGCUCGAGGGGGAUGCGGCAGAGGCAGCUGCCCGGCUCGCGGCGGCAGGGGCCGGCGCGCCAGGCGCUCGGGGCGGCGAUAGCGGCAGCGGCGGCGGGGAGGUGGCGCAGGGGCCAGCGAGCAAGCGGCGGCGGCAGGAGGAGGCGGCUGGGGUUCUGUAUGAGGUGCACCCGCUGUCGGUGGUGGUGUCCCUCCUGAGCAGCCGGCAGCCGCAGGGACAGCAGCAGCAGCCGCUGCUCGAGGUCCGAUUCGACUAUUACCAGAGGCCGGGCCUCGUGGGCGCCUGCUGCUGCGGCGGCAGCGGCGGCGGCGCGGGCGGCGGGGCUGCGCUGCUGAGCGCCCUCUUCCCCGGCGAUGAGGGGGAUGGCGAGGGCUACGAGGUCCUGGCGCAGCUGGCGGGGCCGGGGCCCUACCAGUUUGGCAGCGCGGCAGCGCCGGCCCGUCCCUUCCGGCUCUAG